AUGCUAACCUUACCUGUAGCAAAAUACAAAAUGGGUGAUGUUCCAGAUUCUGCCUCUCAGAUUUGUGUCGCGGGUUCUGUGGAUGGAAUAACACAACCCACAAAGGCGUGCGAUUCCAAUCCUACAUCAACGGCACCGUCUCCCUCCAGCGCUGAAUCAACGUCCGAUGGACCGAGUACCGCUAAGCGACGUCGCAACAAGUCACCAAGUCCACCUAUGGCACCCGAACUGUGCACAAUUCCAGUGCCUCCUCCGUCGACGCCACAUACCUUGCAGGUUUUUCCACCCGCAAGAAUGUCGGUCUUGGCACCGCACCAUCGACUGCCAAACAGUUUCAACUUUAUGACUCAACAUUUGUUGGCGCUACAGUACCAACAAAAUCUAAAAAUGUCAACAAUGCAACCUGGAAUUUUGCCGCCAAUGACUCCAGUGUAUCCGUUUGCAGCUGUAACUACGAUACCAUGGAGGGGAAUGUAG